CGGCGUUGCAGCUCCACGACCUCACUUCAAUCAUCAGUCAAACUCCAAACGAGGUAUGUAUGGCCUUGGUCACCGCUGACGGCGAUUCGGACCUGGCAGGAUGACGCCUUUUAUCGUGGCUGGGGACAGCAAUCGUAGACGCCGGCCCCGAUGAGCGACAAUGAACGCGCGAUGAUGCAUCAUAAUCAUGCGGUUUUCUGUUUGGCACACAAGGCUUUGGCUGGCGUUUCUCGAUACGCUGCUUCCCCUUCGGCAAUGAGCGGGCUGAACCCUCGUCGACGGAUCGCUGAGGGCACUCUCCACGCUUAUGGGCCACUCCGAGUCUAACAUGUGUUUCCCCUGUGGCAGAUACCUCAUUUCCAACUCCGACUUGAGAAUCUCCUUUUCAUCAAUACCGCCAAGAUGGUCCGCACUUCCGUUCUCCACGACGCCCUCAACUCCAUCAACAAUGCCGAGAAGGCCGGCAAGCGUCAGGUCCUGAUCCGACCUAGCUCCAAGGUCAUUGUCAAGUUCCUCCAGGUCAUGCAGCGCCACGGCUACAUUGGCGAGUUCGAGGAGGUCGAUGACCACCGCUCCGGCAAGAUUGUCGUCCAGCUGAACGGCCGUCUCAACAAGACUGGUGUCAUCUCCCCCCGCUACAACGUCCGCCUGGCCGACCUCGAGAAGUGGGUCGUCAAGCUGCUGCCUGCCCGUCAGUUCGGCUAUGUCAUCCUGACCACCUCUGCUGGUAUCAUGGACCACGAGGAGGCCCGACGAAAGCACGUUGCCGGCAAGAUCAUCGGCUUCUUCUACUAAAAAAUUGGCGGAGAGAGGAAUGAAAAAAAGUGAAUUUGCGGCAUUCUCGGCGUUCCAAUGGUGGUCGCGGUGACGGUAAUCAGCAUCCUUCUGAUUUACACUGGGAUAGUCACCCUUUAGCUUAGCGUACACUGGCAAUAAAUCACAGAUGAGAAAGCCCAAUUUUACUUGAACCAUUCGUUACCCAGUGCUCCUCAAUUUUUGCC